UCCUUGUGUGAUGUUUUUGUGAUAAAUUGUUCAUUCUAGUUGAUGCAUAACCUAAAAGAUGGUUCGCUUUAAGAACAGAUAUAUAACAUUCGAAAUAACACUCGGUGAUAAGUCUGAUAAACCAUUUCCGUUGAAAACCACAUCUUUGCAUGUUGCUAUACAACAAAAAGUACAACAAUUGUACGGUGAUUUUGGUGUCGCCGCGAUGAAAGCUGGUUUUAGUGCAAAAUAUUGUAAUAUUCAUACGAAAAUAGCACUAGUGAAAACGAGACAUGGACCUCAUAAAUUUUUAUUAGAAUCAAUUCCACUGAUAAAUGACAUUGCUGGACGUUUAGUGUCAGUAAAAAUACUCUAUGUGGGAGCAACACUAAAGCACUGUUUCCUCUUCAUCAAGAAAUAUCAGCAAAAGAAAUUAGAACAAAUGUGGUAUAGCCUGAGAACUGACAUUGAAAGAAAAAAUAUGCAAAAUGCUUUGAUGACCUUGGCUCCAGCUAUGAAAGAUUGUACUUGAAUUUUUAUUUACACUCAAAAUCCUAUAUUUGUAUAUAUGUAUGUGCAAAUCUAAUAAAACAACUGU